AUGGCCUUUGAUCGCUAUCUGGCCAUCUGCAGGCCCCUUCAGUAUCCAAUCAUUAUGUCCAAGCAUGUGUGCAUUCAAAUGUCUAUGGCCACCUGGUAUGCUGCAUUUGUGGUUAUCUUUUUUCAUUAUAGUAUUGUUUGGACGUUGCCAUUCUGUGGACCCAAUAUAAUUGACCAUUUCUUCUGUGAUAUUGGUCCUCUUUUGAGUCUUGUCUGUGGUGAUACCUAUCUCAUUGAAUCUCUCAGACUGUUGACUGCCUUUUUAAUUGUUAUUAUUACCUUGCUCCUUAUGAUUGUGUCCUACAUAUUCAUCAUUGCCACCAUCCUGCGCAUUCCCUCUACUGUAGGGCAGAAGAAGGCCUUCUCCACCUGCACAUCUCACCUGCUUGUGGUGUCCAUAUUAUAUGGGGCUCUUGUCUUCAUGUAUGUGAGGCCCAACGUCCAGUCCUCAUCCCGCUUGACAAGGACCGUGGCAGUCUUGAACACCACCCUUACCCCAAUGCUGAAUCCUUUCAUAUACACAAUCCGGAAUGCUGAGGUCAAAAAGGCUGUCCAGAAUAUAAUCCAUAAAAGGAAAGGGAUCCUAAACUGA